GGACCACUCAAAACGCAGUUAAUCUCUUCCUUUUGCGGCUUUGCCGCCGACUUAAGAAAGAUUGAGAGGCCGGAGAAUCGAAAUUUUAACCCCCCCAAACCAUUUAAUGGUCCUCCCAAUCCCGACAAAAGCCCUACCAACGACUCGAUUCGAUUCGACUCGACAAAUUCACCCGCGUUCUUACGCCGGCGUUUCUUAAAUCCACGGUCUCUGAUGCUGUUGGAGGCAAGGGUUUGGUCGGAGCAUCCGUUACCGAGGUAAUUCUCACCUAUUGUCCUCUUAAUUGUUAGGGCUUUCAGUGAGGCGGAGUAAAUUUCGUGAUAUUCGCGUUACGUAGAUUGAAAAGCAUAGGGUUAGGGUAAAGGAAAAGCAUUUUAGCCAUGUCUGUCACGGCAGGGGUUAGUGAUACGGUGAUUGCGAUUAGGGAUAAGCUUAGGGGUAAGAUAGGGCAGACCAAAGUCAAGCGUUACUGGCCGGGAAAAGCCCCUGAAUGGGCUGAUGAUAACGAUGAGGAUGGAGAUAUUAGGAUGUCAAGGGCUGCUGCCCUUGACAAGGCCUUCCCUGCUCAGGAAGAAUCUUUUUUUGACCCUGUUAGAAAGGACGAUCCUAGGUUGCGUCGUUUGGCUGAGAGUAGGAUUGAUAAUCGCGAGGAAGUUAGGUCUGAUCACAGGCGUAUCCGCCAAGCCGAAAUUAUUUCCACCGAGGAGGAGGAGUCUAAGGGACUAGAUUCUAUGGAUGUAGAUGAAGAAGAUGAAGAUGCAUUGGAGGAGAGGCGAAGGAAAAUUAGGGAGAAGGUGCUUCAGAGGCAGCAAGAAGAAGCUGCACUCCUUCCAGUUGAGGAAGAAGAUGAAGAGGAACCUGAAAAGGAUGAGGAAUCAUCUGAGUAUGAGACUGAUUCUGAUGAAGAGCCAGGAAGCAUCGCUAUGAUCAAGCCCGUUUUUGUUCCAAAGUCUGAGCGAGAUACUAUCGCUGAGCGUGAAAGACUUGAGGAGGAAGAAAGGGCUCUUGAGGAGAUGGUCAAGAGGAAGUUAGAAGAGAGGAAGGUUGAGACAAAGAAACUUUUGGUUGAGAAAAUUCGUGAGGAGGAAGAGCGUCUGAAGAACAUGGAGUCUGAGGAUAAUGUUGCCGAUGUAGAUACUGAUGAUGAUAUCAAUGAGGCUGAAGAAUAUGAGACUUGGAAAGCUAGGGAGAUUGCAAGGAUCAAGAGGGAUAGGGAGGACAGGGAGACAUCAUUAAAGGAGAAAGAAGAGAUCGAGAAAGUUAGGAACAUGACAGAGGAGGAAAGGAGGGAAUGGGAGAGGAAGAAUCCGAAGCCUGCAGCCCCUGGAAAGUCAAAAUGGUCAUUCAUGCAGAAAUACUACCACAAAGGUGCUUUCUUCCAGGCUGAUGCUGAUGACCGUGCUGGAACUGCUGGUUCGGACAGUAUUUAUACUCGUGAUUUCUCUGCUCCAACUGGAGAGGAUAAGAUGGACAAGACUAUUCUGCCCAAGGUUAUGCAAGUUAAGCACUUUGGUCGGAGUGGAAGAACUAAAUGGACUCACCUUGUCAAUGAGGACACAACUGAUUGGAAUAAUCCGUGGACUUUUAGUGAUCCGCUCCGGCAGAAAUAUGAUGCAAAGAUGGCUGGAAUGAAACCUAUAGCAAAACCCAAGGGGAGUAAGAAGAUAAAGGAUUGGGAUACGCGGUGAAUAUUACAAGACAGCGCCUUCCAAUGGAGAUGCCUUUAUUUAUCAACUGUCUGAGGCCGCCAUAACAUUUAGCUGCAGUUUCUGAGUUGAUACUUUAUUGAAUGUCCCCAUUUUUUCUUUCUGGGUCGUUUGGCUUGUAAAGAUUUCAGGUUAUAUUAAAAUCAUCGAAUGGUUAUGUUACUCAUGUCAUUAUUAUUCUCGUUUCUUUAAAUGAAAUCAUAUCAUGAAUCAAGCGCAGUGGCUCCCAGAAGGCCUAGUUAGUGGA